AUUCCUACCUUGAACAGUUGAGAAACGAUGUCCCAUUUUUUAAGACCAUUACGACGUUUUGUGCACCUUAGGUUUUAUUCAACUAGUUGGUUAAAGUGUAUGAAAACCAAGAAAAAUAUUCUUUUCAAUAAAAAAGCACCACAUGUGUUUGAUAACAGACGAAUAUUUCACUUACAAUCAGCUGAUAAAUAAAAAUGGAGAAGAGAAAAAAAUACGAGGCAAAAUCGGCGAUAAUGUUUUAUAUUUAGCUCACAGACACGAUAUACCUUUAGAAGGCGCUUGUGAAGCAUCAUUAGCCUGUUCUACUUGCCAUGUUUAUGUUGAUUUUGACUAUUUAGAUCUUUUACCAGAACCUGAUGAAAGGGAGGAGGAUAUGCUUGAUAUGGCUCCAUCUCUUAAAGAAAACUCUAGAUUAGGUUGUCAAAUUAUUCUAACAAAGGAAAUGGAAGGAAUGAAGCUUACGCUUCCACCAAUUACGAGAAACUUUUAUGUUGAUGGUCAUGUACCUCAACCCCAUUGA